UCUAUUGUUGUCCACCCUACGCAGUCUUUUAUAAUCACUUCGAGUGACGAUAUGAUGAUCAAGCUAUGGGACUGGGAUAAUAAAUGGCAAAUGAAGCAGAGUUUUGAAGGUCACACUCACUAUGUCAUGCAGGUUGCUAUCAAUCCGAAAGAUAACAACACUUUUGCUACUGCUUCACUUGACAAAACAGUCAAGGUUUGGCAGUUUGGUAGUCAACAACCUAAUUUUACAUUAGAAGGACAUGACAAAGGAGUAAAUUGUGUAGAUUACUACCAUGGAGGCGAUAAGCCAUAUCUUAUAUCUGGUGCAGACGAUCAUCUCGUCAAAAUUUGGGAUUAUCAGGUUAGAUUGAAUAAAACAUGCGUUCAAACUCUUGAUGGUCAUGCUCAAAAUGUCUCAUCGGUAUGCUUCCAUCCAGAACUUCCACUUAUCAUCACGGGUAUUGUUUUGGCAUCUUGCUUAUGUAAUAUCAAACUCAACGCAGAUUUGUAG